CCCCCCCUGGACACGGCCCCACAGAUGGUCAGCAUCGUGGACCCCCACAUCAAGGUGGACGGGGGGUACCGUGUGUACUCGGAGCUGCGGGCGCGUGGCCUCUACGUCAAAACCAAGGAUGGCAACGACUACGAGGGCUGGUGCUGGCCCGGCUCCUCGGCGUACCCUGACUUCACAAACCCCGAGAUGCGCGAGUGGUGGGCCAGCAUGUUCGCCUUCGACCAGUACGAGGGCUCCACGGAGGCGCUGUUCACGUGGAACGACAUGAACGAGCCGUCGGUGUUCAGCGGCCCCGAGGUGACGAUGCACAAGGACGCGCGGCACUUCGGGGGCUGGGAGCACCGCGAGCUGCACAACCUCUACGGGCUCUACGUGGUGAGACCCCUCCCCAAAAUCUGA